AUGGCGGUGGAGUUCGGGGACCACGCCAGCGGGUUCCGGCACAAUGAGGUGAUCAAGUUCAUCAACAAUGAAGUCCUCAUGAACGGUGGCAGCCCAGACUUCUACGUGGCCUUCCGCUCGCGACCCUGGAGUGAGGUAGAGGACCGGCUUCGGGCCGUCGUGGCCGACCCCCAGGUGCCGCGCACCCUUAAACGGGCCUGUGGCUGGAGCGCGCUGGCCCUGAGCGUGCGAGCGGCGGCCAGGCAGGAGGAGCAGCAGGCGCGCCGGAUCCGGCGGCUGCAGGACCAGGUAGAGGAGCUCGAGUUCGCUUCCUGGACUAUGGAGUCUGAGGUACAGCGGCUGCGCGGGCAGUGUGAGGAUGCGGCUACGCAGCUGCACUUCACACGGGCCGCCCUGCAGCAGGCCGUAAAUGAGUGUGAAAUGCUGCGAGGAAGGCUGCUCCAGGUUCAGAGGUCGGGGGGCCAGGCCACCCCCCAGGCCCUUGACAUAAUGCCUGUGAGGGGAGCCGAGCAGCAUGGGGCUGCAGCGUGUCCUCUGAAUGCAGCCCAGCAGGGAGACAUGGUGGCCGCAGGGGCACAGGGCGGGCUGUAUUUUGAGGCCCAGAUGCCACCCCCGACGGGUGUGCUUUAUGUGCCAGGACCCCCACGUCCGUGGGCCCAGGCCAUACAAGCCCCUCUGCCAAUGCCAGGGCCACACCCAUUACCGCCCCAGGCACCGUUCCCAAUGGGAUUCCCAUUGUUGCCGCCUCCACCACCUGCAGUAGUCACGGAAGCAGAAGGCGCGGUAGUCCCAUUUCAGAUGCCUCCUGUGGGGAUCUAUCCACCUGGUCCUUGGCCUGCAGUGAGAUCCCAGGAGGAAAUGGCUCCUCUAUGGUACCAGAGAGGCUAUAUCGAGGAACAAGGUUCUGCGAUCCAACAGGGGUCAGUCCCCCUAGGAGACAGCAGAAGCCACAUCCAGGAGGAAAGUUCGCAGAGGCCCCAGGGGACACCCGUCCUGGGCAACAGUGGGAACCGCAGCCAGGGAGAAGAUCCAGGAGGGUCCCAGGCAAUGUCCCUUCUCGGGAGUGCUGGGCAGCAGAACCAAGAUAAUGCAGAGAGGCCCUCGGGGGUGGCCUCACUGGGGGACAGCAGAAGCUACAGCCAUGAAGAAGGUCCAGAAGGACCCCAGGGGAUGGGUCCCCUGGGGGAUAGAGAAAGCCAAAACCAGGAAGAAGGUCCAGAGAGGCCCCAGAAGACUGUCCUCCCAGGGGACAACAGAAGCCAUAGCCAGGAAGAGGGCCCAGAGAGGUCCCAGAAGACUGUCCCCCUGAAGAAGAGAAGCCACAGCCAGCUAGAAGGUCCAAAAGGGCCUCAGGGGACUAUCUCCCGGGGAGGCAUCAGAAGCUACAGCCAGGAAGACAAUCCAGGGGGGGCCCAGGAAAUGGCACCCCUGGGGUUUAGCAAGAGCCACAGCCCAGAAGGAGGUCUGGAGAGGCCCCAGGUGACACCCCUGGGAGAUAGCCCGUGCCACCGUGUAAGAGAAAGUCCAAACAAACAGCAGCCUCAGGGGCAGAAGGCCAAGAAACCAAAAGGGAAAAAAGCCUCAGAAUCCCAGCAACAGGAAAAGCCUGCCCCAGGCUGCAGUCCAGUGAAUUGGGUCUGCCCAUGCUGUAAAUCCAUGAAUUAUUCAUGGCGCAAAGCCUGCUAUAAAUGCAAGAAAGCCUUUACGCCAGUUGAGAGUGGAGGUGUUAACCCGGGACAAACUCGCUAA